UGAAGUUGCCUUUCAGAGCCACCAGCAACCAAGGGAAGGAGCACCGAGGAGUCAGAGAAACGGGGGGCCGCAUGCGAAGCCAAUUGCCACGCUGAAACGGCAGUCCCGCAAGCAACAGCCUCGCCUCCGGUCCCGUUUGUCCCAUCACCGGCCACCAAUUUGAAACUGCCUCUUGCCUAUCUCCAUGGCCACCAUGUAGCUCUGCACAUCCCGUGAGCAGUAGUGGUUGUGGUCGUAGCAGUAUAUCACCGCUGAAGCCUCCCCACAGGAGUCAAACCCGUAACACCCAGUUGUUGCUACUACGAGCUAAUAAGCUCGCUGGUUAACUCUCCCAGCGCUGCUUCCUCUCCACUGAACCUCUCCUCGUCCAAACUGAAACUGAACCAGGCAGCCUUCUCCAAGCUCUCUCCUCUUGACUUCCAUGCUUGCUUGAUUGUCACUUCAUUGGUUGCUCUUCUGCUUGCUGCUGCUCGUUGCGCAUGCUCAUCGCUUGGUGAGAUCGAAGAAUCGGGUGAAGUAAAGGGAAGGCAGAGGCAGAGGAAGCUGACCAAGAACAACAGGACCAGAGGCAGAGGAAGGUGCUGCAAGGUCAUCUGAAGCAAGCACCAGGACAGCACUAAAGAUCCAUGCAAUCAACUUCUUCAGAGAUCUGCCAACACCAUUCCCUGCAAUGAGAAGGCAAAUCCUCGCCUGCCUCCUUCUCACCAUACUCCUCUCCCUCUUCCUGAACUCGAGCUGCCAAAUCGACCCCCAAACACAAGCUCUCCUUCAAUUCAAAGCCAGCCUGAACGAUCCUCUGAACCACCUCGAGUCAUGGACGAACGCCACCUCGCCGUGCCGCUUCUUCGGCGUCCGGUGCGAUGAGGGCUCCGGCACUGUCGUCGAGAUCUCGCUGUCUAACAUCAACCUCUCCGGCGGGAUCUCGCCGUCCGUCGCUUCCUUGCACGGCCUGACGCGGCUGGAGCUCGACUCCAACUCGUUGUCAGGACCAGUGCCACCGGAGCUGAGCAAAUGCACUCGGCUACAGUUCUUGAACCUGUCCUGCAACAGCCUCACCGGGGAGCUUCCGGACCUGUCGGCGCUGACGGUGCUGGAGGCCCUCGACGUCGCGAGCAAUGACUUCACCGGGCGGUUCCCAGGGUGGGUUGGCAACCUGUCUAGCCUGGUCACGCUCAGCGUCGGCAUGAACGGCUAUGUCCAAGGGGAGACGCCGUCGAGCAUUGGGAACCUCAAGAACCUGACGUAUCUCUACUUGGCAAGUUCCGGCUUGACAGGGGUGAUACCUGAUUCCAUCUUCUGGCUCACUGCACUGGAGACGCUGGACAUGUCCAUGAACAGCCUCGGCGGCAAGAUCCCGGUGGCCAUCGGCAACCUCCGGAACUUGUGUAAGAUCGAGCUGUACAAGAAUAAUCUCAUCGGCGAGCUUCCGGCGGAGCUGGGGAAGCUGACUGGGCUCCGGGAGAUCGACGUGUCCCGGAACCAGCUCAGCGGCGGAAUCCCGGCGGCGUUCGCCGCGCUCAAGGGCUUCACGGUGAUCCAGCUCUACCACAACAACCUGACCGGGGCGAUCCCGGAGGAGUGGGGCGAGUUGCGAUUCCUGACGAGCUUCUCCAUCUACGAGAACCGGUUCUCCGGCGAGUUCCCAGCGAACUUUGGUCGGUUCUCGCCUCUCAACAGCGUCGACAUCUCAGAGAACGGCUUCACCGGGCCGUUCCCGAGGUACUUAUGCCAUGGGAAGAACCUCCAGUACCUUCUUGCUCUUCAGAACGGCUUCUCCGGCGGGUUCCCAGAGGAGUACUCGGCUUGCAAGAGCCUGCAAAGAUUCCGGAUCAACAAGAACCAGUUCACCGGCAGCCUUCCAGAAGCGCUGUGGGGGCUUCCUGUGGCGACCAUCAUCGACGUAUCCGACAACGGGUUCAGCGGAAGCAUGCCACCGCUGAUCGGCGAGGCGCAGAGCCUGAACCAGCUGUGGGUUCAGAACAAUCGGCUCGGUGGGACGAUACCGGCGGAGAUCGGCCGGCUCGGGCAGCUGCAGAAGCUCUACCUGUCCAACAACUCGUUCUCGGGCUGGAUACCGUCGGAGAUCGGGAGCCUGUCGCAGUUGACGGAACUGCACCUGGAGGACAACGAGUUGAGCGGCCCGUUGCCGGCCGACAUCGGCGGCUGCAUCAGGCUCGUCGAGAUCGACGUCUCCCGAAACGCGCUAACAGGGACGAUCCCCGCCUCUCUGUCGCUGCUGUUGUCGCUCAACUCGCUGAACCUGUCGCGCAAUGAGCUCACCGGGACAAUUCCGACGAGCCUCCAGGUGCUCAAGCUGAGCUCCAUCGACUUCUCCUCGAACCGGCUGACUGGUAACGUGCCAACGGGGCUACUGGUGAUCACCGGUGACAAUGCGUUUGCGGGGAACCCCGGCCUCUGCGUCCACGGCAGGUCCGAGCUCGGCGUCUGCAAUGUGGACGGCGGCCACAGGGACAGCCUCACCAGGAAGUCGAUUGUCCUCGUGCCGGUCCUCGUCUCGGCAACUAUGCUGCUCGUGGCUGGAAUUCUGUUCGUGAGCUACAGGAGCUUCAAGCUCGAGGAGUUCAAGAAGAGGGACCUGGAGCACGGGGACGGGUGCGACCAGUGGAAGCUGGAGUCGUUCCACCCGCUGGAGCUGGACGCCAACGAGAUAUGCGGCGUCCGGGAGGAGAACCUGAUCGGCUCCGGAGGCACGGGGCGCGUGUUCCGGCUGGAGCUCAAGGGCCGCGGCGGUGGCGUGGUUGCCGUGAAGCGGCUGUGGAAGGGCAACGCGGCGCGGGUGAUGGCCGCCGAGAUGGCCAUCCUGGGAAAGGUCCGGCACCGGAACAUUCUCAAGCUGCACGCGUGCCUGUCGCGCGGCGAGCUCAACUUCAUCGUCUACGAGUACAUGCCGCGGGGCAACCUGCACCAGGCGCUCCGGCGGGAGGUCAAGGGCGGAGGCGGCCGCCCCGAGUUGGUCUGGCCGCUGCGGUGCAAGAUAGCGCUUGGCGCGGCCAAGGGGCUCAUGUACCUCCACCACGACUGCACACCGGCCAUCAUCCACCGCGACAUCAAGUCAACGAACAUCCUGCUCGACGAGGACUACGAGGCCAAGAUCGCCGACUUCGGCAUCGCCAAGGUCGCCGAGAACUCCUCCGACUCCGAGUUCAGCUGCUUCGCCGGAACCCAUGGCUACCUCGCCCCCGAGCUGGCCUACUCGCUCAAAGUGACGGAGAAGACGGACGUGUACAGCUUCGGCGUCGUGCUGCUGGAGCUGGUCACCGGCCGGAACCCGAUCGACCCGCGCUUCGGCGAGGACAAGGACAUCGUCUUCUGGCUAUCGAGCAAGCUCGCCUCAGAGAGCCUCGACGACGUCCUUGACCCGCGCGUCGCGCUGUCGGCCAGGGACGACAUGCUAAAGGUCCUCAAGAUCGCCGUGCUCUGCACCGCCAAGCUACCGGCGGGGCGGCCGACCAUGAGGGACGUGGUGAAGAUGCUCAACGACGCCACCGGGGCCGGGCCCUGCAGCCCGCGCGGCCAGCCGCCGUCGAGGAGCUGCAGCAACAAGAGCUGAUGCUGAAUUUUAGAGCAGGCCCUGCCUCGUGCCACCCACGGAUUCCUCUGCUUCUGCAUUGAACUCCUGGUGCGAUCUUUGCUGUGUAUUAGGACCAUAGGAUCAUGCAUGUAUCUGCAGGUAUUUUGUAUAAUCAUUAUAACUGAAGUAGCCCAUUUUAAAUCUAGCAUAUUAUUUGUCGAAUAUCUAACUAUAGGUAUAUAUAUAUAAUGAGUUUAUAUAA